AUGGACAUGUCAGGAAUGGCCAUGACCACCACCGCGACGGGCAUGUCAAUGCCCUCGUCUACAUCCUCUUCCACCUCCUCUGACAUGUCCGGCCAUACCAUGUCCAUGGUAAUGACAUUCUUCAUUUCUGCUCGGUCAUCACUAUUUACCACUACAUGGACACCGACCAAUGACGGGCAAUACGCCGGUACCUGCAUAUUUCUGAUUGUUCUCGCAGUUAUUCUCCGUUUCCUGCUUGCACUUAGACCGAUCCUUGAGUCGAGAGUUUGGAGCGAUCAUGCUCGGAUACAUGGCGGGGGGCAUAUAUUACAUGAUAGUGCACAGAUUGAGCAGCAGUCUAUAAAGGCGGGAGGGACGACGUCGGUUAGGCAAGUUAGAUAUGAUCUUUCAAGUCGGUGGGCUGGUUGGAGGGUUAACGAUGCUGCUGGACGUGCUACCUAUGAUUUUUUGGUUGCCGGGGUUGGUUAUUUGCUGAAGAAAGUACACCCAGUUAAUUGGUGGCUCAUGGUUCCUGUCGCCGUCAUAUACAAUGGAUGGCAAUAUGCCUUGACGCCACCACUGCUAGUUAUCCUCUGUGGGAAGUUAGGGUUAAGAGUGCCACUUUCUGUAAAUCUUAUUUCACCUCUACAUCACCUAUUCAAAUUCACUAUUCAAUCGCCGCUCCUUUUUACACUCACCAAUGCAGACUUUCUAUCUAGCGUAUUCGUCGCCCUCUAUUUGAUUUCCUGCAUAUUUGUGGUGAAGCGGCUCGGAAUAGCUGACUACUUGAUGUUGCUGGCAUGGGUAGGUGUCCUCUUCCUGAAAGCGAACGGUGUUUUAUCUACUACUAACGGAGUAGCCGUUUUACUACAUUGUAUUAAUCCUGUCAUGCAGAUCAUCGAUUUUGGCUUUGUCUUUUCACUCACAUACGCCGUGGGGAGGGGAUUUGGACGACAUGGCCAUGAUAUCAAUGCGGAAGAUACCAUCGCAAUCAACAAAGCUAUCUAUGUUUACAACAUUCUAUAUGAUCCAACAUCAAUGGCAGCUAAAAGCUCAAUAUUGGCCUUCUUUCUAAGGCUUACUCGCGAGAAGAAAAUGUACUACUGGGCCAACUGUGCCAUUCUUUUCAUUAUCAAUGGCCUGGGUUUGGUCCUGACUAUACAUCAAGUAUAUCAGUGUCAUCCGGUCUAUGAGGUCUUUCGUCUAGAAGCUCAGACCAGCGAGUCUUGCACCAAUGUAUUCUUAUCGGCCCUCGCAUCUUCGCCGUACAACAUAUUCACCGAUGUCGCCAUUCUUGUCAUUCCCAUUCCUCUUUUGACUCGAAUUCACUUGCCAUUCAGACAGAGACUGAUUUUAGUCUUCACUUUUGGUGUCGGAAUUUCGGUGAUUGCCAUAGAUGUCGUCCGCUUUGCUUCCUUCCAGACUACAGCCCGAGAUCAGCUUGUAAAACUGAAUUCAUUUCACACAGAGGACAUUGGCAAUGAAGACUAUACUUGGUAUGCUGCCUUUCCAAUGAUGUGGUCAGCGGUGGAGGUGAAUACGACAAUAAUUUGCGCAUGUGUCCCAAGCCUCAAACCUCUUCUAGCUCGAUUCACCCCUUCUCUUAUCGGUCAGCCUAAAGGCACUCCUCCAGCUGAGCCCGUUAAUGAUGAAAGAGGCCAUACAACGAGAUUUGAUAAUCCACAAACCGUUACUGGGGAGAUGAUGGACAUCUUGACAGGCGGAGAAACACAACAGGGAGGUCAUGUUACGGCAGGUUGGGAGAUGCGUGAACGCUAUCCGUCGAAUAUUAAGCUGCUUAACCUCUUGAACCUCAGACCGACAAAAGUCCUUAAGUUGAAUACCAAAGAAUCUAUUCCUGCAUUCACGAUGGUCACUACCCUCUUUUUCCUAUGGGGAUUUGCUUACGGAUUUCUGGAUGUGCUCGGUCAGAGAUUUGGGCUAGCACACCUGGGCCCGCUGCGUACGGCCGGACUCGAGGCCUCACACUUUGGUGGAUAUCUUGUUAUUCCACUCACAGUUGGUCUUCUGGUGUUGAAGAGAGCAGGUUUCACAACCUCGUUUAUUACAGGUCUUUACAUCUACGCUGUAGGGGUUCUACUCUUCUGGCCAGCUGCGGUCACCGUUUCUUUCCCGAUUGGUGUCCUAUCUAACGUGAUCAUUGGUUCUGGACUGGGAAUCUUGGAGAUGACUGCAAACCUUUUCAUCUCAAUCUGUGGACCGCUCGAGUACGCCGAGAUUAGGCUUUGUAUCUCCCAGGGCAUGCAGGCCGUCGGGGAGUUGUUGUCACGGCUAUUGGUUAGCAGAGCUAUUCUUGUGGACGUUGAUCGAAUAGACGAUGUGGUUAGUUUACAGUGGACAUACCUCGCCAUUAGCCUUUUUGUCAUAUUGCUUGCUGUGUUAUUCUAUUACAUUCCGGUGCCCAAAGCAUCCGAUGAUGAGUUACAGGAGCUUAGUGACUUACGAGAAGCAAAUAGAGCUCAAGUACGAAGAAUUCCUGUUGUUUAUUUGACACUCGCAUUAGGUGUAUGGUCACAAUUCUUCAUGGAAGCCGGGCACGAAGCAAACGUGGUCGGCUCGAAGGACAUAGUAACGGGCAGAACCCAUUUAUCAUCUGCUUCGGACAUUGAAUCCAUCGGAGCUACAUUACAUGGUGUUUCUCGGUUUACCGCGGCUUUCGUUCUGUGGAAAUGGUCAAAGCCACGGUGGGUACUCCUAAUUACGUCUAUUUUCUCGAUUGCGUUUGCAAUUGCCUGUACUGCAACAACCGGAAAUAUGUCGACUAUCAUGUCUCUUGUUAUAUGGCUCACAGAUGGUCCGCACUAUCCUAUUAUCUUUGCGAUUUCGUUACGUGGAACAGGAGUUCAUGCAAAAACCGCAGCUGCCUUUCUGGCCGCUUCUGUUGUUGGAGCUGUUCCUGGUCGGAUGAUACGAUAUGCAGCAUCAUUAUCCAUUGGUGAUGCCUCGUGCUGUGUUGUUGUUGCCUUUAUGAGUGCAGGGACGAUUUUCCCUAUCUAUCUAACAUUGUCCAAAGCUGCAAGGAGGCAGGUUGAUCCGAUCAAAGAUGAGUACCUGAAGUGAAAAUUCUCUUGGAUUUUUGGCUCGAAGUCUGUCAAUCACAUCAUAUCCAUUAUAUCAUUGAUCUUGUUGAACAAGGCAAAAUGGUCGAGAUUCUUCCCACAGGUCGACCUGUCUGUUACCUAGAUAAGGUUCCACGAACACGUAUAUUGAAGGCCAUCAAUCAGGUAUACCUAGGUAUAUUCAGACAUUCAGUAAUAAUAAUGCCAAUUCUGUAGACGGCAAUACAUCUUCAGAAUCGCAUUGUGUUUUCAAACACAUCUAUCAGACUUAUAGCCCUACUGACGACCUCCUUGCAUUCCCUGGUGACAGCAAAUCACU